ACGAAUGGAUGGGGCUGGGCUGGUGCCGUCGCUGAGCAGCCUGCAAAAUCAGCUGUGAAAGGGCGACAUCAAUACGAAAAUGCAACUACUCGCGGCAUGCAAAGUAUGCUAAGCGCUAUCGCGGAACAACGUCAAGCACAACACAAUCAGCUUCAGAAUCAUCUACAACAGCUUCAUCAACACGCGCAAGACCUGCCAUAUGCGCUCGCAGGCCAAGUUCAGGAACGUGGACGCGCGAAACAAAGCAAACACAGACGAGAAGGAAACACGAGCUGGGGAGCUGCCUGGCAACAGGCAUCCGAUGCCGGAACGUCACAUUCCAAGCGUGCCGGUGGAGUGAGCUGGGCAGAUGCUUACGGUAACGCCUCUGGUGCAGACGCUGCACAACAAGCAAGCAAUGUAAACAGCUGGGCGGGAACAGGUGAAGGAUCAGGAACGACAGCUAAAUCCAAAAAGAAACGAGCGAAAGCCGGAGAACAACAAGGCAAGACUCAAACUAAUGGCUGGGCAACUGAAGGCGGUGAAUCGUCUUGGAAUAACAAUGCAUGGAAUUCCGUGCCAUCCGGCGCGGCAGCAACGUCUGUUACACCCGGAGGCUUUGGCUCAACCUCGGUGGGCGGGUGGGGAGCGAAUACAGCCGCGGACGGUUGGGGAACGCAUGAUGCUGGUGCUCAGGCGUCUGCUUUAGACCAAUCCCAGAGCUGGGGCGGCUGGGGUGAAGCUCAGCAGGAAACACAGAAGGAAAAGACACCUAAGAAGGGAAUCUCUGGCUUCUUUUCGAGAAUGUUUAAAGGCCGGGGGAAGGAAAAUAAGAAAGGGAAGGCAAAAGAGAAGGGUUUGCCGAAAGAUCCUUGGGUAGAGGAAGCGGCAGCAAAAGUGAAGAAGAAAGAGAAGAAGAAAGAGAAAGACGGUUGGCCAGGGGAAGAGAUCGCAAAUGGGAAGGAUUUCUGGGCCGGAGAUGCGAUAGCUAAUGGAAACGACAAUGCUUGGCCAGGGGUGGCAAAUGGACAGACCGAUGCUUGGGCAGAAGAAGCGAUGGCAAAAGGAAGGAAGGACAAGGAGAAACACGUUCAUGUCCAGGAACAGGGCAAGAAAAGGAGCUUGCUGAAGAAGCAGAAAUUUGCCGAACCAGAAGCAACAGCAUGGCCAGCUUCUGAAGAGGAUGGAGAUGAGGACGAAUACGAGGACGAAUGGGAUGAUAUUGGAGAGACAAACGAGUGGCCUAUGGCAGCAAACACUGGCUUUGGUGAUUCUGCUUCCGCGGUACCGUCGAAGGCGUCCGACGCUUGGGCAAGUGCACUGCCGGGCGGUUCAAAAGUACAAACACAUCAUGCUGAAGGGCAGUGGUCGGAAGCAGGAAGAUCACGGACAGAAACUCAGAUUGCUGAACAUCGCUUCGUCGAAUCCAAUGGAGAGGCCCUGGAACCAGCUGAUCGCGCAUUCUUUUCCAAGGAACGUCUGUCUCGAGAUAGGAUGUUUUGGUUCUUUGAUCCUCAUAAGGACCCAAGGGUAUUCGCUUUAUUGGAUUGGAUAGAGCGUCUAAAAUAUCCGCUGGCCGUAUUUGGGUUCAGCAAAUUCCUUGAAACUAAGGAACGCGGCGCUUUAUUCGCGAACGCAGACUAUAGAUCACCUUCUGCACCACUGGAACCUGCCUUUGAUUGGCUAACGUUCGACAAAGUUCAAGCUACGAAGGACAAAAUUUUGCAGGAGUCACUGGCAUAUUACAAUCCAUCGGCGCAAAUUCUGGUUUUUGUCUUUCUCCUCUCGCCAUCCAAGAAAAGCAUGGCGAUUUGGCGACGAAAACUGCCGUUGCCGGAUAACAUACGCCUCACCUAUGGGACCCAGAUAACAAAAAUGGUGGCUAGUCUGAAUAAGCCUUACCACAUACGAACGGACGAUGAAAUAGAGCGUUCAGCGUCAAACAAGAAACGAUGGCUGAACUGGGGGCGCUAAUGGUUUAUAUCAUUCUGCGAUUACUCUGCCGAUUUUAUUUCUCGUUGUUUCUCAAGUUUCUUAUUUGUGUAAUUCUCUGAACUGCUUUCUCAAUCGUGUAUGGCUAUCCAUUCGCUAGUCGCUUUGUAUUUCUACUUUUCAAUCCUGUCAAGCUUUCCCCUCCAUGCUGUAGUUCUCCGUGACACCGAGUUAUCCGCAUAUUUAUUAGAUUAAAAUUGCCUUUUGCCUUUGUUCUGCAAGCCCUGCUGUAUG